UAUACCAAGUACUUUGUCAGUUCAAUAUUACAUCUCUAAUCAUUCAAAUAUAAAUAUAUUCUUCUCACUCUGUCCAAUAAUAAUUUUACCUUUCAAAGAUGAAUUUAACUUUAUCUUUUAUUUCCUGCUGCCUAUUUUUUAUAAUAAACGGAAUAGGCAGUGACGGUUAUCGAAUUUUGGCAGUUUUUCCAUAUAAUUCAAAGAGUCAUAAUAACAUGUUUGAGGGUGUGACAAAAACAUUAGCGAGAAAUGGUCAUAAAGUUGACGUUGUCUCACAUUUUAAAUUGAAAAAUCCGCCGAAAAAUUAUGAAACAAUUAUUAAUUUAGAAGGGACGAGGAGGAGUGUAAUGAAUAAUUUUUCAAUUGAAUUUGCUGAUCAUUUAAAUCAGUCGCCAGUGCUGACAAUUUGCGAAUAUUUUGGAAAUGAACUUUGUGAAUUGAUGGGAAUUCCGGAGAUGCAGAAAUUGCUUAAAAAUCCUCCACGUGAUCCGCCCUAUGAUCUUCUAAUUACUGAGACAUUUACUGCACAAUGCUAUAUAGGAAUAGGAUAUCUUUUGAAAGUACCAGUAAUUACAAUAUCGACAACAAUGGAAUUAACGUGGGCUAACGAUGCACUUGGAAAUCCAAACUCAGCGGCUUUUGUUCCAAAUUUACUGUUGAGUAGAAUAAUUGAAGUUUCAACAUUUUGGGAUCGUUUAUGGAAUGUUGUACAAAUCCAUCAAAGUAACUAUCAAUUUUACACGAGUACAGGAAAAAAUCAAACUGAAGCAAUGAGGAAAUAUUUGGAUCCUAAUAUACCGGAUAUACGACAAGUGGAAAGAACAGUUGCCCUCACAUUUAUCAAUUCGUUUUAUAGUUUUAAUGGAGUUAAAAGUAAAACAGCCGCUGCAAUUGACAUUGGCGGAAUUCACGUUGAACAAGACCAGAAUAAAUUACCUUCGGACUUUCAAAAAUUGAUGGACGAAAGCAAAGAAGGCGUUGUUUAUUUCACAUUGGGAUCGAUGGUUCUGAUAGAGACGCUUCCAAAGGAAACUCUUCUGACAUUUUACGCAGCUUUCGAAAAAAUAGCGCCUAUAAGGGUUUUAAUGAAAAUCGUGAAUAAGGAAAAACUACCACCCGGACUUCCCAGCAACGUUCUUGUUUCUAAUUGGAUUCCUCAAAUUCCAAUUCUACGACACAAUAAUACACGAUUAUUUAUGACACACGGAGGACUAUUAUCAUCUAUAGAGGCACUAUACAAUGGCGUACCUAUGAUCGGAUUUCCUAUCUUUGGAGAUCAAUUUACAAAUGUUCAGCUUUUAGUAAAAAAGGGAAUGUCAAUUUCGAUGGAUUAUAAAACACUAACGGAAGAGUCAUUGACUGAAGCUUUGAAUUCUGUUUUAUAUAAUGCAUCUUACAGAGAGUCGGCGAAACGUGAAUCUCAACUAUAUCGUGACAGGCCGUUGAAAAUAGGUGAAACUGUCAAUUUUUGGGUUGAGUACGUAAUUCGACAUGGACCAAAUGUUUUAAAAUCGCCUGCAAUUGAUUUAUAUUGGUGGCAAAAUGAAUUGCUCGAUGUUUAUGGAUUUUUAACUCUAUGCUUUUUAAUAAUUGUGACAUUAAUAAUUAAAACUCUAAUAUUCAUCAUGAAUCAAAUUUUUAAACAUUUCGUAUCUUCGAAUGGAAAAAGCAGCAAAAGUUUUAUUAAAAAAGAUUGAGAGUUUUGCAAGUUUUAAAAUAUUGAAACAAUGUUCUUAAUGUUUGCUGCAAAUUUUAUAAUAUUGAGACAAUUACUAAAAUUAUUAGUUAAAUUCAAGUUUAUUUAUUAUUAGGAAAAUAUUGUGGAUAAGAAAUUCGUAUUUACUGUUUAUAAUUGUGUUUUUAUAAUUAUAAUGCAAUUAGAAAUUAAUCAUAAUAAUUUGAAUUAAUACUAAUGAUGAUUUUAAUACUAAUUAUAAAUUACUAAUUAUAAAUUACUAAUUAUAAAUUACUAUUUAUAAUUACUAUUUAAAAAUACCAUUUAUAAUUACCAAAUUAUGGAUUUAUAGUCAAGAGGUUUGAAAAUCUUUAAAAUUGUUUUAUUAUGUUUUGUUUCAUUCAAUGAAAUAUUUUUAACUGUUACAUAAGAAAACUUUUUUAGUAAAUAUUAAAGUUAUAUAUAGUUAGAAAAUUGAAAAGAUAAAAUGAUAAAUAAUUUAAUGUUGUAUAAACAAAAUUCACAGUGAUUUCCUUAUUCAGAUAAUUAAAAAUAACUUAACACUGAUAUAAACAUAUUUGUAUCUAAUAUAUCUUCAAAAUUAAAAAUAAAACAUUCGAUUUUUACAAUAUUUCAAUCACGAAGUUCUAACAUGAUGUCAUUUGAAAAAAUGUUUCAUUAUUGUUUACCUGGAUAAUUAUAGAAAAUGUAAAUAAAAUUGUAAAUAAAAAUGUAAAUAAAUUGUUUUAAAAAAAUUA